AUGUUGAUGGUACAGAUCAUCCUACAUAUUCGACUGCGUGAGGCAAGCAAUGUGCAAAGUUCUACAACAACAUAUGCUGUCCAGACCAGCCGCGAGUUAACCAUCAGUGUGCCAGACAGCUUUCAAAAUCCUGAGUUGAAAGAUUGUGAGAUCUUUCGGACGACUCCUUUUGGGAGGGAGACCAAGAGCGGCGGUCGCCCUUCCAGUCUCGACCACAGGGCCAGGAUUCGCGCUCCGGGCACUGGCACUCACGCUCUGACACCCACGGUCCGCAGCCGCAUGCGUCACCGCUGCACUGCUUCGGCCGCAACAUUACGAAAGCGAGUUAUUUUGAGACAAGUGAAGUGCCACCGCCGCACCUGCUGCUCGGAGGAAGCGGAGAGGUGCAAGGGGGCGCUAGUAUAUAUAGGACAGACUCCUUCUGCUUCUUCACCACAGUGCUUUCAACGUGCAACGGCAACAAAGGACGUCAGCAUGUCAGGCUUCACACUCUGCAUUACCCUCCUCGUGGCAGCCACCCUGGCCGCCGGGGACGUCAGGUACCCCGCCGCCCCCAGCUACGCGGCGCCCAUCCCCAUCCUGAAGGACGACCGCACCCAGAGCGCCCACGGCGACUACAGCGUGGACUUCGAGGCGGCCAACGGCAUCGCCCGCCAGGAGUCCGGCAGCCAGAGCUACGGGCAGGCGGCGCAAGGCGGCUGGAGGUAUACCUCCCCGAGGGCCAGCAGGUAGACAUCGCCUUCGUGGCCGACCAGGGGGGUACCAGCCCCAGGGAGCAGUCAUCCCCGUCCCCCCUCCCUCCCUACACCCGGUCGGACCACUGAGGUUGCCGACAGGAAUUCCUCGACAUUUGACUUGAGAUUCCGUCGUGUGGCUUCGCUCCGACUCUCCCUUCAAAGAAUAAGCCCAUUACUCCUUCAGUUCUAAAAGUCUUGGAUUUCUCAGAAACAAACAUAAUAUAUGGGUUAUAUUUCGCCGCCUUCUUUCUGUUCGUUAGUCGAUGAACUAGUUAUUUUUGCAAACGAUUCUGCCUCAACUACGCGUCAGAGAUGCAGGUCCAUUUCUGGGAGGUUUUCUGUCAGGAUUGCUGGAUAAUUGCAAUAAUGUCCUGCGUUAAUAUUUCUUUAUUGAUGAUAUAUUGCGGAUGUGCUGGUUGCAACUGCUUGAAAUAAAUGCACGUUAGA